CGGCCCUUCUAUUAUCCCACACCCCCCUUCUUGAGUCUCUUCUGGCUGUCGUGUCCCCAUCGGCCAAUCACCGCCCCUCUGUUUCCAGUUUAAUUUUAUUAUUUUGGCCCUUUCAUAUUACCCUUUUCUAUCUCGUCGUGGAUCGUUCCAGAAAAGAAUAUUCUACGGAAUUAAGCAGCGCAAUCGCCAGGACACUAAGUCGUUAGAGGAAUUGGCUUAGUGUCUCCUCCCGCCCAUCCCUGGAUUCCGGCGAGUCAGAGUGUGCGACCGACAUUGACUGUCGCUGCUGCGGACCUGAUCCGUGGAAGUUUUUAAUUUAACCAGAAACAUUAAUACCAAAAGAAAAAAAAGGGAAGAAAAAAAAAUUAGAGGAGGAAGAGAAAGGAAAAAAGAAUUAAAAAAUAACGAAAGAAAAAGAGAAGAAAGCUUGUGGCCUGGCCCAACCAUUGAUUGACCUUCCUCCUGCUCUUAUCGACCGACAUGGACCCCAACGUUCCCGGAUUCCCUUCUGCGAUGCAGCAGACCGCGGGUUUUCCUGUCACUCCCCAAAAUCCACAGCAGUUCCCCUACUAUCCGAAUGCCAUUCCCCCGUUUCCCCAAUCCAAAGCUGUCUCUCAUCCUCCACAGCAACAACACCAGCAUACUCCUUUCGGUGCCGUGCCCAUGCAAGCCGGUCCUAGUGGAGCAAUGAUGCCGUCUGGGUUCCCCCAGCAGUCAUCCGUAGUUCAAGUACGUGUGUGUGCUAAUGGCCUGACGCGUAUCCACAAUUGCGCUACGAUUGCCCGUCUGCGCAGGCGACGUUGGCCGCAAGGACUAGCCGCUAACCAUCCGGAUGGACUAGUAGGACCCCACGCCAACUUCUCUGCACCAUUUGCCCAGCCACCUGUGCCAGCAACGUCUAUGAGCCAGUAUCUCCCUCCCCAGGCGACUGCGACAUCGACUCUUCCCGCAACUACAGCGCAAUCCUUUCCGCCCAACAUGGCUUCGGUACCGGCGACGAACAUGAUGCCUGCGCAACAGCAACAGCAACGGGCAGCGCCCCAGCAGAACCCAUUGUCGAGCUCCGCCCAACCUGCUCCUCAAUCACCUGCGACGACCGCGCGCGAGAAGGCUCGUGUGUCUACGCUGUUGGACAUAAACUCGAUGUUGCUGCAGGAAGUCAUGAAUCUUCAGGCGGCUGGCAAGGCUGGUGCGCCUUCGCAAGGAGCGUCAGAGUCGAAUCCGUCGCCUGGUUCAGAUCAGACCUCGGAUAAGCCCACCCAGCGGCCAAGCGCAGAAUAUCUCGAAUGUAUGCGUCGGUUACAAGCCAACUUAGGGUACCUUGCAACCAUUGCCGACCGGGCUAAGAAGUCAGGGGGUGUUCCUCCUGCCGCACCGGCGAUCAUGUCACCGCCUCCGAACAUGCCUUCAAUGAAUGAGAUCUACAACAAACUCAACGAGCUCUUCCCUCGGGCCGCGCAAGGUGGUAUAGGGACACCCCAGCAGAGUCCACAAUCAUUGCAUGGCAAUGGCCGGCCCAGCCCUUCUCCAGCCGUCGAACACGUUGUUUGA